GUUGAAAAUAAGAGUCAAUAGUCAAAAGUAUUAAAAUCAAUUCAAAGAUCAGAUCUUUGAAUUGAAUAUAAGAGUGUGUAUAUUUGAUUUUAAGAAGAUUUUGUAAGACUUUUUAUCCAUCCUUAUACUAUAUAAGGAUGCAUUGUAAUCAAGGAAAUAAGCAAGCAAGCAAUAUCAAGCAAUACAAUAACAAACAUUUGCUUCUCUUUAUCUUUCUCUAUGCAUUAUGAUAAUUCCAUGUUUUAACAUGGUAUCAGAGCAGGUUUAAUCUUGGAACUCAGAAAAAAAUUCCUCACAAGAAUCCACAGCCAUCAGCUAUCUCAAAUCAGCAGCCCACCAUUCAGGCGGCAGCACCAGUUUCUGGUCCAAGUGCUCAGAAUCAAAUAAGAAAACAGCAGCUUAACCAACCUAUGCCUUCAUUGCUCACGCAAUCACAACAACCUCUGCCAAAUACAGGCAGCCAAUAUUUACCCCUCCAACCACCACUACCACAACAACCAAGGAGCCACAGAGCCAAAGAAAUCCCGGCUCCCUCAGCGGAGUCGGCCUUCUCAAAAAUGAGAAGGGAGGCCGCCCGACUACAGAUCUUGCAGUCGGCAACCAACCGCUUCAAAACCAACAUUUCAUCAUCGGAAGAGACCGGGACCGAACUUACCACCAUAUUCCGCCCUGCAACACGGCCGGAAGCACGGUUGCAACAAAUCACCGCCGAUAGAAGCAAAGAAGGCGGCGGAGGAGAUUUUUCCGAUCAAGAUCCCAACUCUACAUUCCAUCAGCAACCGAAUGGCUGGGUAGAGAACGGAGUAUCAUCGCUUGAUAUAAUAAGCGACGAGGACGCCGAUGAAGAUGUGGAGAAGGAGGUCGAGGAGGCCACCGAAUCGGAGAGGGCGAUAGAGCGAGCUUUCAGAGAGGACGAGGCGCGGCGGAACGCUCCUCUGACGGCGGAGAACUCCGGCAGGGUGAUGGACGCGAUUCGGACUCCAAUCCCGACGACUCAACCGACUACUACCAGCCGAUUUCCUCCGUCGACCACAACGGCGGCGAAGACUCAGACGACGGCCAUGGCUGUCGACCGACUGGCAGCCUCUGGACCGUGGGGCGCGAGGGAGAUAUCGGCGGCUGGAAAUCAGUCGCCGCUGACCGUGGGAUCGGCGGCACCUGCCGUGGACCGAGCAGCUGUGGAUCGUCCGGCAGAGGCUGCAGGACCAAAGAUUGGAGGAGGCCGGAUUCUGGACAGAUUGGAGGAGAAUGGCGUGAAUGAAGGAAGCGGCGCGCCCAUUCUAACCGAGAAGAUGUUCUGCGACAAUAAAGCUGCUAUCAGUAUAUCAGAGAAUCCUGUGCAACAUGACAGGACAAAGCAUGUAGAGGUGGAUAGACACUUCAUCAAAGAGAAGAUCGAAGGAGGGAUCGUGACCCUACCCUUUGUCAGAUUCGAAGAUCAACUCGCUGACAUCUUGACUAGGCUGUAA